AGUACACAGCCUGGCCCUCUCGUCUCUCCCCAUUAUCCACCUCCAGGCGUCGUUUGAACAUCUCCCCCAGCUUUCAUAGUAGUCUUCCUCAAAAUCGGCAACAUGGCGAACCUCAAGCGUAGUGCUAGCGAAAGUGAAGACGAAAAGGAGGUGCUCAGUCCCAAGUCGAGCCACAAGAGGCCCAAGUCGACCAUCGACAAGGCAUCGCCCCGCAAAGCAUCUCCCACCAAGAAGCCUACGGAUGGCACCAGUCGAAGCCCAACGAAGGCCCUCAGCAAGGACUGGUCUUUUGAAGAGGAGCUCUGCAUCAUUCACAAGGUGUUUGGAGGCAAGCUGCCGACACUGAGCAACCAGGAUGUUGAGGAGCUCAGCGCAACGCUCGGCCGCACGCCUUGCAGCAUCCGGACGUACUAUUCUCGCCGCAUCAGGCCAAAAUUCAUGCCCCCGUCGUCUUCCAAGUCGACAAAGCCCUCUCACUCGGACGAGGAUGAAAAGUGAUCCACCUGCCGGGGCCAU